AUGCCAGUACUUCUAGUUUUUGGACUUUUUGUGGUGAUAGCCACAGCUCACAACAUCACGUUUCUAGAGGUACCGAUGUACGGUGACCCUCACCAAGAAGCGAACCUCGUCUGCCACUAUAUGAACGACCAGGGCGACCCCGCACUACACUCCGUCAAGUGGUACAGAGGCAGCAACGAAAUAUUCAGGUUCACACCAGGACAACAGCCUCCGACAAGGACAUUUAACUCGACGGCAGGGGGCGUGUCCAGAGGCUCCUGCAACCUGAACAGCUGUGCCAUCAGCGUGAUACUCCCUAGGAAUUACAAUACUAAGCUCUCGUUCACUUGUGAAGUGUCCACCGAGGGUCCACGGUUUGCUGUAGUCAAGCAGACCAAGGAAUUAACAGUGGCUGUGACAUUGAAAGAAGAUCCGGUGAUAUCAGGAGUGCCGGGGACUGUACAGCUAGGUGAGGACGUAUUGCUCAACUGUACUACGAAGCCAGCGAUGCCACCGGCCAACAUCGUCUGGUACAUCGACGGCAGACCUGAUAGGACGGACUUUGGUACGAGGAAUAAUAACACGCCAGUUUCAAACGCCAACGACUUCAACCUCCGAUCGAGUUGGCGGGCCAUCCGACUUCGGGUGGCCACCUCUAGAGGGUUCAUGGCCUUACGCUGUGAAGCCAUACAGCCAAUGCAACCCCCCUACAUAAGGGCUACGAAUGCGACCCUGGUAGUUGCGAGGUCGCCACAUUUAUCUAUGUUUACAGCCGCAGGUUCAAGCUCAACCAUGUUGGAAGCAACAGUACUGAUUCUCACGUUGUGCAUCUCAGUACAUAUAUUUUCUAAAUACAGUGCCUUGAGUGAAGUCUAA